AUGGACUUUAAUUAUGAGAGGCAGCAGAUAAGAGUCCAGUUCAUUCCCUCCUGUUGUCGGGGUGGUUUAGAGCUGCCAAUCAUCGCCCCCUUCAAUGAGGUCCAAGGUGCAGGUACCCCUUUCAAGAGUGUGGCUAGACUGAUCCAGAAGCAGGAGCCAGCGGACCAGCGGCUGAGCAGUGGGGAGAUAGUGGGGAAAAGAGCAAUGCCAGGAGCUACCAUUCACAUAGACACCGAUUAUCAGGCACUACCCAAGCUACUUCAACAACCCUUGGAGCCGAAGCGCAGAGGGCCCGGAGCGCGCUGUGAGUGCGGAGGAACGCGGCCGGGCGGGGGAGGGGAGAAAGGCGCGGCCGGGACUCAACACUGUGCGGCGCGGCGCUUGCGGCUGGAACCUGGCCUGGAAUGCUGUAGUCUGGGCUCCAGUUUCCCGCCCAGGCCCCGCCCACACGGCCGCCUUGCUGGUUCGCACCGCUGCUCCGGCCACCGAGGAGCCCAAAGUUGGUGGUGUCCCGCGGACUCCGGCGCAGAGCGCGAGGGAGUCGCGGCCGACUCCGGUACCCCGAAGACAACUGGAGGCCGGUGGGGAAGGCGGGUCACUAGGGGCCGGGGCGAGGGAGUGGGGAUGCGCGGGCCCUGCGCGCCGGCAAACAGGUUGCGGCGGAGUCCGGUCCCCUCCCCCUCUCUGCCGUCCCCGCCGCGACCCGAUUCCCGCCCUGUCCGGGGAGCGAACCCAGCCGCCUCCGGGGCGCCCUUCUUCUUCCUGGAUUCCCGCGGCUGGACCAGAGCCCCUCUGGCAGCCGGGUUAAAGGCUCCUUCAGCAAGGUCAAGGCGCGGCCGGCUGGCACCUGGGGAUUUUUUUCCAGUCGAGCACUGGCUUUGCAAUCGCAUUGUUAAGGAUCAUGGCAGCGGCAGGAAAUCCGAAGGGCCCCACAGCCUAUCAACGUGAUACACAAGCUGCGGCGCUGGAGGGAAGCGGCGAGACGGGGAGAAUAAACGCAACAGAAGCAAACUGCUGUCUGCAGAGGGGAGAGGCGAGGGGACUGAAGCCAUACCCGGCCCCAGCCCCAUCCCGUCCCCAUCAGCGCCGGGCUAGCCCAGGAAACCAGGAAUAGGUGUAGGUAAGGGUGGCAGCCCGGCGGAGCCAGCGUUCUACUCCCUCUAACCCCUCGCCAGCUUGGGCCUGGAUGGCUGGGCUGCCUGGGAAUCUCCAAGGGGGACCAGGCACCGCGGGCAGGUUUCUAAACACGCGAAGGGCACAGGGUGUGAAAGACGAGCAGGGGCGCCCAGGAAGGGCGGAAAAGAGGGGUUUUGGGGCUCCCUAGGACACCAAGUCAGUUUCUGAAAACGGCGUUCCCUGGAAGGCCUUCCAACACCUCUGAGAGAAGACUUAGAGCUCUGAAGACUCAACGAAACCUGAGUUCUGACUGACUCCUCCUCUGCGAUCAAUUCCGGAUGCCCCCACCGAGUCCUUGCCUCGGUAACCGGUUCUUUGGGGACAGCAGCAUCAGCACCCUACGCCCAUCGCACAAGUGGGCGCCGUGGUGCGAGGCGUAUCCUAGCUACCCGGGCUGGGGUGGGAGCGCCCCGGUACUUACACUCCCCAAGCAGGCAAACUUUAAGGCUUGUCUUUCGAGAACCGGGUGCUCGCAUCACAGUUCCGGGUAAUCACCGAGCAGCUUAUGUAAUUGCCCGCGAUGCCGUUCGGCAGAUCUCUCUCCUUACGCGUCCUGAGAGCUCAGUACAUGGGCACCCUCUUCCCCCCACCCCCCACCCCGGCGAUCGGAAUCCCGAGCGUGCCCCACUGCCACCUUCUACAAAGCAGCAGGGUGAUCUCGUGUGCUAGUCAAACACCAAGCCAGCAUGCAGGUUCCGGCAAAACCCUGGCUGCCUCCCUGCGCCCCUUUCAGUGCGUUGAUGGUUUACGGAUAACUGCAUCUCUAUAAACCCUCUCUCCA